GCGGAGUGAUUUGGGCUCGAGCCGGUUCCUCGGGUCUUUUCUCCCGGCUGGUGCUGGUGCUGAUGCUGCGGCUGUAAUGCUGAAACAUUAACGCUGUAAGUUUGUCUUCAUCGUGGAGUUUGGGAACAACCCGCUUUUCUUUCUCUCAUCCCUCUGAACAGACUGAAUCGAAAUGGAGCACCAGGACAUGAUGAAUUCCGGACAGUAUGGCUCUGGGGAAGACGUCGCAUCUGCCAUGGCUGAUGUGACCCUCGAUGACGGCCCUCAGGAGGACAUGAAGAACGGGACGGCGGCAUACGUGAGGCCUGGGGAUGGACCGGAAAAAGAUGGCAUUUCUCUCAAAGAGGAUGCUGAAGAGUCAAAACCCGAAUCGAUCUCUCAAGACGACGUGACAGAGGAAACAGAGCCUAAAGCUGCGUCCAGUCAUGAGGAUGUACUCUCUGCUGCACCAGGAAGAGCAGGAGCAGGAGAAGCCAAGCCAGGAGCAGCAGCAGCUGAUAAAAAGACCCCUUCCAUAUCCACACCAGGCAAAGCUAGACUCACCUCCACCACUAAACGAGCCUCAGCAAUUCCAGUGCCCCCAUCCAAACACACCUUCACCUCCGCUUCCCCCUCAGGCUCAACCAGAGCUGCUUCUCUAAAAUCUAAAACAAACACUGUAGGAACCAAGGAGUCCAGAGCCACAGCCGGUGAUGCUAAGUCGAAGACUAAACCUCAGGGUAUUAGCAACAAAAUCCCUGCCGAGUCUCCUAAGACUCCUGACCGUAGUGGCUGCAGCAGCCCUGCCACCCCGAAAUCUCCAGCCAGUCGCUGCAGCACACCUGGGCAGCAGGUGAAGAAGGUGGCCGUGGUGCGCACUCCGCCCAAAUCUCCCGGCUCUGUCAGAUCCCGUGCUCCCAUUAGUGCUGCUGCGCCCUUGCCUGACCUGAAGAACAUUAAAUCCAAGAUCGGUUCCACUGAAAACAUCAAACAUCAGCCAGGAGGUGGAAAGGUGCAAAUCCAGGACAAGAAAAUGGAUCUGAGCAACGUGCAGGCAAGGUGUGGCUCCAAAGCCAACAUGAAGUACUCUCCAGGAGGUGGCAAUGUUCAAAUUGUGAACAAAAAGAUGGACCUGAGCAGCGUGCAGGCUAAAUGCGGCUCAAAGGCCAACAUCCACCACAAACCAGGUGGCGGAAAUGUGGAGAUAAAAUCUGAGAAGGUGGAGUUCAAAGCUCAGUCAAAAGUGGGAUCUCUGGGCAACAUCAGCUAUGUAGCCGGAGGUGGGAACAAGAAGAUCGAGUCUCACAAGCUGACGUUCCGGGAGCAGGCGAAGGCUCGCACUGACCACGGCGCCGACAUCGUAGUUAAAUCCCCCGGCGUGUCGGGGGAGGGGUCUCCCCACCCACUAAGCAAAGUCUCCUCCUCCGGCAGCAUCAACAUGAGCGAAUCGCCACAGCUGUCCACGCUCGCAGACCAGGUGACCGCCUCUCUCGCUAAACAGGGCCUGUGAUCCGACUUCCCACUGAACCUCCACAAACGCCACACCGAGACAAACGCAACGCUGUAACGCGGCAAAUCAAAAAAAUGUCAAAAAUUAUUGAAAAAAAAAAAAAAAAACCACACAAGCACCUCGGUCUGUUGAAAGAAAAAAAAAAGGUGCUUGCUGGAUAAAUUUUCUUCAUGAAUUUUGGUUCUUGACUGCAAAAGGACUGAUCAUUAAUAAUGUUAUUGCCUGUUCUGUCUGAUUUGUUGAUCGUGCUGGAUCGAUCGGUUCGGUCGUUCGCGGCACGUAGACGCCCAUCUACAAUGCUAGAACAUCCACCGACUUCUCCAUCUCUCCAUCUCUCUCUCUCCCCUUCUCUCACUAUCUCUCUCUCUCUCUCUGUCUGUGCUUAGUUGCCUUAUUGUGAACGCUUCCUCAUUGCCCUUUACUCAUUCAUUGCACCUUGACUAGUAAUGAUUUGUCAUUUUUAUUUAUUUAUUUUUUAAAUAUAUGAAUAGAUACUACCUGAAAAUUGGACUGGAAUGGAGAAAACAAGCCAAAAAACACUCCCAACGGAGACUGUAUUUAACGCCGACUUUGAGAAUGACUAACACAAGGCAUCCUGACGUUUAUCCACAUCUCUGCAGAAUCCAUGCCAAAUCCAUUACCGCCAAACUAUAACUUAUACAAACCAGUCCACACACACACACACACACACACUUGCAGCUGUGUUUUAAAUAGCAGAAGCUUUGCAAUUAAACAGGAACAUCAUUAGGGUUCAUACUAGUCACAAUAAUAUACUACAAAUAUUAUACUGAAUUCCUUAUGCGUGAAUUAGUGACUAUGCACAGAUUAUUGUUGUAAAGAUGUGCAGUCAAGAUAAAAAAAAAAUAUAUAUAUAUCAUGUCACGGUAACGUUACUAAACCACCUCAUGAUUUUUUAAGUUAAUCCAUGAACCAGUCUAGUUUUUAAUUCUCUACAACCUAAAACUCCAUAUGAAGGUCAGAACAUCGUAGUUGGAUUCAAAUGCUGAAAUGAAAAUGUAAUUUCCUGUCAGGAGAAUAUUAUAAAUUAAACAAGAUUCUUCUGCCUGUUUUUCUCACGUUUCAGAUUUUACAUUUAUUAAAAAAAUAAACAUAUUUGCCAAUUAAAUUUGCCAAAGUGGAAAUGGUGUAGAAAUAGGUUUAAUCUAAUAUAUUGGAUUGGAUUGGAUUGGAUUGGCAGGAGACACAUUUUCACGUGAGCUUUCUGGAGUGUAGAGAAACACGGACAACUGAACUUCCAGCAGAAAUAAAAAAUGAAAAGAAAAGGAGAACAAAAAAGAGGAUAAACUUUUUUUUUUCUCAAAUCAGAUGAAAAUGCUUUCAACGUGAAACAUCUCCUGGUUUCAGAGGAGCAAUGUGUAUAACUGAGGGCUGCAUGUAAUGCAUGUCCAGACUCAGCAGGUGUGUGUGUGUGUGUGUGUGUGUGUGUGUGUGUGCAGUGAAGCUCUGCGUCUUUCCUAAUGAACAUUCUAACAGAGUAAUGUAAUCUAAUCUGGAUUUAAACCAACCUGGACCAUAAUCUAAACCUGUAUGUAAAUCUGAAUCUGGAUCUUAAUCAGAAUUUGGUUCUGAAUCUGGAUCUAAAUCUAAAUCUAUAUUCGGAUCUAAAUCUGGAUCUUAAUUCAAAAUUGGAUCUGGAUCUAAAUCUGGAUCUUAAUUAAAAAUUGGAUCUAAAUCUGAAUCCUAAAUCUGGAUCUAAAUCUGAAUCUAAAUCUGAAUCUUAAAUCUGGAUCUAAAUCUGAAUCUAAAUCUGGAUCUAAAUCUGAAUCUUAAAUCUGGAUCUAAAUCUGAAUCCUAAAUCUGGAUCUUAAUCUAAAUUGGGAUCUGAAUCUGGAUCUAAAUCUGAAUCUGAAUUAAAAAUUGGAUCUAAAUCUGGAUCUUAUUUAAAAUUUGGAUCUGGAUCUAAAUCUUAAUCCGAAUCAUCACACACCGCUCGGCCGGUCGAGGUGUUUCAUCUAUCUUGUUUUUUUUUCUUCCCCUCCAUUUUAACCAGUGAUAAAAGUGAUGUGUGAUAAACGACUUAAAUAAACGACAAAACAGUUUAAAAAGCAAAAAUGUGCCUCUUUUCCCACUGAGGUUCCGGUUUGAGGGAAAAAAAGAAAAGUAAAAACAUGCAGAGCUGCUAAACACCUGUUUCUAUACGCUGCAUUGAUCAAAGAUGAAUCCAGUCUAAUUUACCUGCUUCAGCUGAUUACCUGCUGUUUACACACACACACACACACACACACACAUACUAAAUUGAGUUAUUAUAGUCCUCCUGUAGACGUGACACGUGUUAGAAAUAAACCUGUUUCUGAUAUUUACGACUUUUUUUUAUAUCUUUACUGCACCUGAGCUUUAUUCCUUUUUUUAUAUGAAAGAAAAACAGAAAGAAAAAAAACUAUAAGGAUGUGGAUGAGUAGGAACUUUACUGAGACGCUUCUUUUCCGAUAAAGAGUCGCACGUUUAAAGUGACCACCAAGACAAAAAAAACAACAAAAAUACUAUUUGAUAUGAAAGUGACCUUUCAAGCAGAAAUGGAUCAGUUAUUAGCUCUGGAUGUAUUAAAGUCUCAGCUUGCAUGCGGGUCAGCCCGGCCUGUAGGAGGCGCUGUGCAAAAAAAAAAAAAAAGACGAUUUCUAUAUAAGGAAUAUCGCAAUCAUAAAAUCCUUGAUUAGGAACAAACCAGUGAAUGUUGCAUGAUAUUUACUGAGGUCUUUAAGACUCGAACUCAUCAAGUCUGAUCCACUCCUCAGAUCACUGGAGAUCUUUUUAUCCUCUAAACUACUGCGUUGUGCAGAAGCUCAUCCGAACAGGAAUCUCAGAAGGUGCUGAAUCUGUGUACACCUUCUGCUGAACUUCUUUCUGAUGAAACCAGCACUGAUGCUCUGAUGGAUUCGAUCGUGUGAACUCCACGGGAAAAGAAACGCUCUCUCUCUCUCUCUCUCUCUCAUUCUUCUUUUAUGCAGAAUGUGUUUUCGGUCCACUCUGAACUUUCCGGUUGUGAUUGUCCUCACUGUAGUUGUGCGUUUUUAUCAGUUACGUUCCUCUCACUCUCGCUGCUGUGAACCUGGAUUUGGAAAUAAAGUCGGUAUUAAACCCCCCUCCAUUA